GACACACAUAUAUUGUGCAUUACAUAAUAGCUUAUUACAUAAGCCCUAUUUUUCUAUUUACUUACUUAUUCGAUUAUCAUUUGCAUAAACUCCUCCCAAGCUGUCACGUCAAAAAACUGGUAUAAACAGCGGUCCAAUCAGGAAAGCUUAUUGAUUGUAUAUUUUCCUAUAUUAACUUAUGUUUUAUUUAUUACUGCAUUCUAGAUCUGCAAAAAGUGUUGAGGUAUGUUAAUGUUAGUCAACUUAGGAAUGGGCAUCUGUAUUGAAUUCAAAGUACUCGCUGCGCUAGUUUUUGUUGCUGGUGUGGAACCAGAUUGUCGAUAUGUAGACUGGAGCGUUUCCUUUAAGAGGCUUGGACUGUCAGAGUGUGAUCGAUUAGGAGACAUGAUUGACAGUUUAUGUAGAAGUCCAGUAGGCCGAUACGCUGAUCUUAUUGACCGACUGGAACGUGUUAGAUGCUGCAGUAUACCAUUUCCAUGGCAAGAGGGCUAUGACUAUGUUCACGAAAAUUGGUGGUAUUCUAUGGAAACAGAUUCUACCUGGUCAUUGUGUAGACCUGGGUAUUUCCUCACUGGUCUGUAUAGGUCAGUAUUUAAGUUAUACCUCAGCGACCUCGAGGAAGGACGCUGCACAAGACCACGUAACCAUCCUUCUAAGUAUGGACACUGCGAGGAUAAUGACAUCUCGGAUUGUUUUGAGCAGGCUAAGUGUUGCUCUUGCCCAGAGGGAAGCUUCAUUGUUGGUCUGUAUCGUGGUAAUUGUAACGACCUAGGAUGCUUGGACAAGCUACGCUGCUGCACGCUGGCUGAGUCACCGCAUUAA